AUGGCUGGACCCUGCUCGACGCGGCUGCAGGGCGAAGCAGCCGCCUUCACCGCUGCCCUCCGCACCCUAGUCAACAACCCUCAGUUCAGUGACGUGACAUUCGUGGUGGGCCGGGAGCGGCAGAAGGUGUUUGCGCACCGCUGUGUGCUGGCAUGCCGCUGCCAGGCUUUCCAAGGGAUGCUCGGCCAGGGGCUGGCAGGCAGCGAGGACCCCCCGGGCAGCAUCCCACCCCAGGGCCCCUUCAUCCUGGGCAACGUGCAGCCCGACGUCUUCCUGGCCGUCAUCGAGUUCCUCUACACCAACAGCGUCACCCUCAACAGCCACAUUGCACUGGAGGUGCUGACCUCAUCGGUGGAGUACGGCCUGCAGGACUUGUGCAAGCUCUGCGUCAAGUUCAUCAAGGACACACUGAGCGUGGAGCAGGUCUGCGAGGCUCUGCAGGCUGCGGUGACCUAUGGGCAGACAGACCUCCAGCAACACUGCCUGGCCUUCAUCGAGGGCUGCACUGCGGCAGUGGUGCGGACACAGGGCUUCCACGAGCUCUCUGAUGUGGUGCUGGCACGGGUGCUGCGCAGCGACCGCCUGGCUGUGGACGAGCUGGACCUGGUGCAGGCUGUGCGGGAGUGGGCGCACGUCAGCUCGGCCGUCUUGGAGCGCCCCGUGCCCGAGGUGGCCGCCCUGCCUGUGCAGGAGCUGCGCCUGCCCUUGCUGGCACCUAGUGAGCUGGCAACACUGGAGAGCCACAACCAGCGGGACCUGCUCAUCCCGGUGGAGAGCAUCGCGGCAGCCUGGCGUUCCCACGCGCUGAGGAAGGGCAGCGGGGUGCCCUCCCGCCUCUGCAGGCCCCGGCGCGGCACACGGCCCCGCGACCACCACCGCCACCUGGACCCGCACGCCAAGUAG